AGUGAAAUUGUAUGGAGUAUCAUCUUCGGCAAGUUUUAGAGAUAUGUGACCUAAUGUCUAGUCAACUGGAUUGGUGUGAAGUGAAGUGCAAUGCCUCCGCAUUUUGGAGCAUAAAACAAGACGAUGAGUUGGAGUACCAAUGAACGAUCUCCCCUUUCAUCUCUGCUCCUGCUUCUCUCGAUUUCAGCUUUCUAAUGCUGAAAUUGAGGAUCAAAUCUGUUAUUGAGAAAAUGUCGAGUCCGCAUAGUUGUCUGGUUCAAUUCUGGGCACCCAUCAAGGUCAACGGAUCGAAUUUCCUGUCCACUGCAGAUCAACUAUUUGUUUUCAGUAAGGAACUUGAUAAGAGGUUGUGUUCAUACAGGAGGUUCUGUCUCAAUACUUUGAUUCCAAUUGACGAGUACAAGGAAGGUCUACUUGGACGAGUUUCCACAAGUUGCUCGCCAGAAUGUAACCCCGACCUCCCAAGUUACUCCGCUGCAGAGUUUCCACUGCUUCAAAGUGGAAUUCGCUUGGGAAUCCAUUCUUAUUAUGCAAUUCCAGUGUUCAACCUCCAUGAUCAGCGGUACCUUGGUGUACUUGAGAUUGUAUCUACAAAAUCAUCUCUACUUCUUCCCCAACUUAUUACGGGGUUGAAUUCCAAAUCAUUUGGGUUGUAUAGCAUUUAUAACUCAAGGGACGACAUGUAUUUUGGACUUUCAGAGCCGCUGGUCGAUGAUAGACUUGACGAACUAGAGAUCGGGUUAUAUGAGAUCCUUAAAAUACAUAGUUUACCCUUUGCUCAAAUUUGGAUUCCUUAUUCUCCAUCCGGCGCUUCAAAAGUCCUGUAUUGUGCUGGUGCCUCCAUCUAUGAACAUUCGAGUUCAAGGUAUCAUGAGUUUGAAGAUGUUUCUGAGGCCUGUUUUAUUGGGAGCGGUAAGGCAUUGGUGGGGAGGGCAUUUGCAUCCCAAGGUUCAUGCUUUUGCAAAGAUGUUACUCUAUUAAGCUUCAACGAGUACCCUUUGGUGCCUAGUGCACGAAAAGCUAGAUUGACCCAGAGUUUUGCAAUUUGUUUGCAAAGCAAAUGUGCCAACAAUAUUGUUUGUGUAGUUGAGUACUUCCUGCCACCCAAUGAAAUGGUUGUUGGAGAUACAAAGACUUUCUUAAAUAUGAUUUUAUCCACAAUGAACGAACAACUUCCAGGUUUCAUAGUUGCUUCUGGAAAAGAACUAGGGCAGAGGAUGCUCGUUGAAGUUGUUAAAGUUUCCCUGAGUGAUGAACUUGACUCCUUUGAAAUUGGCCAACCUCUGCUGAGUGUUCAAUUACAUCAGGAUGGAGGGGAAACAACAGAAAUCGGCCAAUCUCUGGCGAGUGUUCAAUCACAUCAGGAUGGAGGAGAAACAACAAAAAUUGAUUAUUUUUGUGAACAGUCAAAUUUACAGAACAUGGAGAAUAAUGUUGCUGCUGCACUACUGGCUCCUUGUUCAUCACUCAAGCGUGACUCACUCAACUGUGAGCGGACAGUGGAGGUUUAUCCGUUACUUCCUCAUCCAAUAGAGGAAGCUGUGACAAACAAAGGAACGGUUAAUGUGGAUGUAGCACAUGAUGACCACAUUGAGGAUACAUGUGAAAUGAUGCAACUUGGUUCACACUUUGAGCAACCAAAUUUAAAAAUUAAUUAUGCGGGCAAUGCAAGGAAUAAUGACAAAGUGGAGCAUAAUGAUUUUAGAUAUGUCAGAGAAUCGUUUCAAGCUGAAGCUAUAAACAGAGAAAGUAACUUUGCCAGUGGAGCAAUGACUAACAGCGAGAAAAUCCAUUCACAGAAGAACAUCAUAAUACAAAGGAUAGAAAAAGAUCAUGGGAUUACCCGCAAGAUUCUGGAGCAGCAUUUUGGCAUGACUCUUGAAGAUGCUGCCAAAAGUCUACAUGUUAGUCGAGCAACACUGAAACGAAUUUGUAGAAUAUAUAAUAUCUCUAGAUGGCCACAUCACAAGACUAGAAAUGUUAAUGUCCAUGUUAGCCAAGGCUUAUCUUUUCAAGGUGCUGAACCAUAUGUGAGUGAUCAACAAUGCCCUGUUCUUUCCCACGAAAAAGGCACAGAUUAUUUGGGUCACAAAAGAUCUCCUGCAAUAGGAAAACCUUGUGAUAGUGUGAUGACUUUAAAGGUUACAUAUAGAGGUGAUAUCAUAAAGUUCCAACUCCCCUUUUCAUCAACGAGGGUAGAAUUGGAGGGGGAAGUGAAAAAGAGGCUUAAGAUAUCACUUAAAAGGUUUUCAAUAAAGUAUCAAGAUGAAGAUGACGAUUGGAUUUUGAUAACUACUGAUUCAGAUUUGAGGGUUGGUAUGCAUUCACUAAGGUUGUUGGGAAGGACUAGUAUGAGAUUACUGGUUAUCCCAGAAGCUUAGACUUGAAGGAAUUUUUCGUAAGUUUUGUCAUGAUGUUUAUCUCUUCCAAGUUGUGACAUGUCUUUGUGCACAGUGAACCAAGGUGAUUAAUGCUGUUACGAAUGGGGAACUGUCAAGUUACGAAAGAUGCCUAUAUAUAUAGAAGAGGAAU